GCGCUUCGAGUAUGUUGGAUGCGUUUUUAUAUUUGCCGUCAGUUGUUUAUAUACUGUGUGUGCUUUGAAAAUGAAAUGCAUUGCGAUGUAUGAACGUUUUUUACGAUGCAUUUUCUAUUUGAUGUGUUAAUUGAAUAGUGAAGUAAGUGCGGUGUAGGAGUGAGGCGAUCGAUAAAAUAAUAAUAAUAAUUGAUGUGCUAAGUGUUUGAUUGAAUUUUAAAUUAGUUGAUUAUCAAAAAUUACGAGAAAAAAAAUAUUCAGUUGAUAAAAAAGUGACCGAAAAGUUUUCUAUAUUCAAACACGAAAUAUCAAAAGAAAUAAAAUAUCAAAGGAUUUCAACAAUAUUAUAAUGGAUUGAAAAGGAUUACGAUAUUUUUGAGUGAACACCUGCACAAUUUGGAAAUAAAGGAUAAUAUAUUUUAACAAUAAUGGGUUACACUCACCUACUCAUAUGUUUGCUGUUAAUUGGCGUUGAGGGAAUUACUACAAAUACAAGAUCGGCUGCUGUACCAUCCGACCACUUGAUUCCACCGCCAAUAAAUCAGUCUGUACAACGUUACGGCCAAUCAAAUGAGGAACCAACAUUUUUUCAACGAAUUGCCAGUUGGUUCGGGUAUGGUGGUGAACAUACCUAUUCUGAAAUAAAAUCGAAUGCUUCGCCGAUCAUGCCGAAUGGUCAGUCCGAGGGAAAACAAAAUAUGAUUCAGGAACGAUAUAUUGAUCUCUCGGCACCAGCACCACCCCAAUCGAUCCAAGAUCCGGCGCAACAAAAACCAAAAUCCGGCUGUAAUCCCUGUAAUAAAGUGCCAUGGAUGCCAGUGUUUGGCGGACAACCCGUUUCAACGAAAGGAAAUAGCCAAAAACACCUGCAGCCUCAAUAUAAUCAACAGCCACAGAAUCAUCACUUACACUUCCAGCAACCGCCAAGCUUUCACCCGACAAGUUCAUUUAAACAUCCAAAUACUUUCCAACGGCCACCACAUGGCCAACGUGUAGCGCUUCCCACGUAUACACCGCCUUUGUUUUAUUCUACGCCUCGUGCAGUUCCAGCAAAUAGUAUUACAAGUCCUGAAUACCAACCACCUCAUCACCUUCUUCCGAUUCAACAAACGCAAAAUCACCUUGUUCCUAUACCAUUACCCAAUCUAAGUGCUACUCUCAUACCGCCAUUGUAUGACAUAAAACCGUUUGCAACAAGGCCCUUGUCCAAUAACGGCUUACUAUCUUAUGGAGUGCCCAUUCCAGUCGUCGAUAAUUUACCUGUGCAGACAAAUGCUUAUCCUGUUCCUAUCAUACAUGGUCCCAUUUACUUCGAACAACAAGUACCUCAAGGUCAAAAUGAAGCACUACAUUUUCGAUCAGCCGUUACUCCCACUUCGGACAUUGAAAUCGUGAAAAGUGUUCCUCUGGGAGAAUUCACAUCGAGUAUAGAAUAUCCACCAAGUAUUAUUCAAUCACCAAUUAUAGACUUGACGGAUAACACUCAAAUAUCAGGAAAAAACAAAAUUUCCCAAUCCGAAUAUUUGUCAGAGCCAAUAGUUGUGGACAGCAGUCAUGAGCGUGAAGCCGCAGACAGUUUAUCCUCUGCGUCUUCCAAAAAUUUCACGCUUGAAAACGAGCCUAAUCGAGAAACAAUAAAGUCAGAUGGUGUGCAAUUCACUCCAGCAAAGAUACAGCAGACGACAACAUUAGGGCCAAAGCCUUUCAAAAGCGGCGAUAGUCAUGGCAGGACAAAGACUAACGUAGAAAUUGAAGCAUCAGUGCAAACUUCGAAUGAGCAGGCGAAACCAGUAGUCAAGAAAGAGCGAGAAACGCCUAAAGAUCUGCUGGACUCACCUAUAUUUUAUCUAAAAAAGACAUCCCUUUCUCCGAUAACAAAUUCUUUAAGUGAAGUCACAAAAAUACCCGAAGUCGCAACAACGAAACCGCUGUUCGACUACAGUCCAUGGUCUCCUUCAACACAUCAGGGUAUAUAUACUACAUUGGCAUACGCGCCCAGUUCAACACCAGUGACUUCAGCCCCGCCAACAAAUGUUCCAGUGGAAUCGAGUGUAACGAACACCGAAAUGGUUCCGGCAACUGUAGAUAAAAAACCAAAACAAAUUCAAAUUAUCAUACCAUACACCAACAAAAAUCAACCGAGACCGUUUAGAGCAAACAAGUUCCAAAAUUUUGAAGCUUCGUCUGGCUGGUCGCAUCAAACGCAUAGCAAUGACUAUCAGGAUUCUCAGGAAUCACAGGUGGUAACGGCCACCGUAACUCAAGCUCCAAUGAAGAAAACUACCAAAUAUUUAACGAAAAUAUUAGCAUCUAGUUUACGAGAUCUACUAAAGAAGGAGAAAUCAAAUUACACCUCGAUAGACCUAUCCAAACUACAGAAGAACAUUGAUGGAUGGACUGAGCAAGAAUUCUCAAUGGUUCCAAACAAAGCGAGUACGAUAUCAUUUCGUGGACUUUCGAAAAACAUACCAACAGAGUACUUGACGACGACAACGCCGAUUCAACCAUUUACAACAACCACAGACAUGAUUCCAACAACUUCCGUUGAACAAUUGUAUGCAGAUGAAGAAUACAAAAAAGCCGACUAUUUCGGCAAGGCAAUUGACGAAAAUCAACUUAAUUUUGAUGGUGAAAAACAUGUGACGACAAUUCUACCGAUGCCAUUCAAAGCGAAUAAAAUAUCGGAAACACACGAGCUGUGGAACAAAUUGAACGUAGCUAUAUCGCCGGUGACAAAAGAAAAAGUGUACGUUGUAACUCCUCAGCCCUGGAAGGAAUACACUCAAGACGAAAGUGAUUUGUUUGGAACAUUUAAAUCGCCCAGAUUUUCGGUGAGGCCGACUCCUGGUGUGGCUACUACAUCAUCUUCGGAGCAGAAAUUAACUCUGCCUGAGAGUGAUACAGUAAAUAGCCUUCAAAAUGACGAUAACAAAAAAACGGGUAAAUUCACACCUUCAUGGAUUGUAUCUUCGUUUAAGCCAUCACCACAGGUAGAAACCAUCGAUGGUCAUUCAAGGAAAUUUCUUAUUAUUCAAGGUUCUCACAGUUGUAACACCACCGGCCUAUGAUUGGAAAAUUGUUGCAUGAAAGGAACGGAAUGCUCAAAAUUUUGAUUUAAUUUUUGAUACGAGGAGUUGAAAAGACUUUUAAUUAUUUUAUUUUUUACGAGUGAAUAGUAAGCUGGUACCAGUUUUAAGGUAAAAGAACAUUAUUAUUUGUAGGAUUAAGUGAAUUUCGUCAGAAAAGGGUAACGUUUCUACAAUAACGCAUUCAGUCCAUUCAAUUGAUGUAUUUCGAUAAUUUAUUUCGA